AUAACGGGCAGUUUUCGAUCGAGUUUCUGAGUGUCCAGUUGAGUUUUUCAGUUAUCUGUGCUUGUGCCUGUGUUUUUCAAAAUGGCCGGCGCAGGGAGUGGUAAAGGGCGCUCGUCGUCAGGCAAAUUGGAAUCGCAAAUCCAUUGCAUCAAAUACACGUUGAUGUGUUUCAAUGUCGUUCUUUGGCUCUUCGGAGUAUCAAUAUUCGCCCUGUGUCUAUGGAUCUGCAUCGAGCCCGGGUUCAACGAAUGGAUGUCAGUCCUGAGUCUCCAGAAAUACUUCAUCGGCAUUUACAUCAUCCUCAUCGCGUCCCUGAUUGUCAUGGUCGUCGCUUUCCUUGGAUGCGGAUCGGCGCUCAUGGAAAAUGUCACUCUCUUAUACUCGUACAUUGGUUCCCAAAUCGCGACAUUCGUGUUUGGCCUCAUUGGAGCCUGUGUGGUGCUAGACUUCUCCACAUACGACUCCAGCAUACAGCCGCUGAUCAGGGACGUCAUCACCAGACUCAUCAACAACCCACAGCACGAGGACAGCAGGAAUAUUCUGAGGAUGGUGCAAGAAGGCAUCGGCUGCUGCGGUGCCGACGGCUCCAUGGACUACAUCAACCUGAAUAAACCUUUGCCAGCAGAAUGUCGGGACUCUGUAACUGGCAACACCUUCUUCCAUGGAUGCGUUGACGAGCUGACGUGGUACCUUGAAGGGAAGACUGGAUGGCUAGCCGGGAUAGUUCUGGCUUGCUGUAUGAUUUCUGUAAUCAACGCUGUCAUGUCGCUAAUCCUGAUACAAGCCGUCAAUAAGGAGCAGGAGGAAUUAGAAGCCUACAAGAAUUAGAUAUACGAAUACUAGUGUCUAUUAAUAAGAUUUAGUUCUAGAAUCUGUUAUUAAUAUUGAGACAUAGUAAUUUAUAAAUUUAAACAUUUUAUUCCAGCUGGACAAAUAUAAAGGAAAUGUGAGGCAAUCGUAAUUUUUUUGUAAAGUUUUAAUUACAAAGUAAAACAGAAGAGAUGAUGUUUCAAACGUUUAAUUUAGUGAUAAUUCUAAUUCAAUAGUUUAAAAUGUUUAAGUACAGACUUAGUUAAUACAAGGUAUGCUAAGAUGCCAACUUCAGUAGUUUAAUAAUUUUAUAGGACUAAAUUACACAUCCUUAAUUGUAUUGCAUCGUAGUUAAAAGCCUAUUUUUUAUUUUAUUAUAAUAUGUUUUUUGCGUGUAUAAAGACUUUGACAUAAACUUAAACUUUUUACAGUAUUUUACCAAACUCCAUGUCAACAACUAAACAACCACCGUUAUAAUAUUAAGAUUUAUUUAGUUAAUAAAAUUAUUUUUACCCGAGAUAAAA